AGGCGCCUACUUUCUGCCGCCGACCUGUUUUCCAUCACCUCAGCCUUUACACACUUUCUAAAUGCCGCCUUUCUUUACGCACCUUUUCUUUUUUUUCUUUUUUUUUCUCAACCGCACCCCAUUCUGUGAACACACGUUUCUUGCUCAUCUUUCGUCUACCGCGCAUCCAAGUGAAAGCUUUUGUUACCAUUUUCAUCCUCCUAUCACGCAUACCAGAGUGAUAAGAACGAUUGAAUUGACCUCUAGAUUGUGUUUAGACAGUUCUUUUCUAAUUGCACCACAUUGAAAUCAUGCCUAGCCAACGUGCAAGAUACAACUGGCAUCCUCCUUUCCCGGAGGAUUCUCCCGAAGGAAGUCGGGAGUUGGCACCAGGUCCGUCGGCCAGAGAGCCGACAAGAAACGAGGAAGAUGAUGAAGCAUCCUCUACAGAUGCAAUGUCGUCAAGAAGCUCUCAGUCGCAUGGGACACUGCGACGCCACCGGGCGCGUGCUCAGCUACGACAAGGGAAUGUGCAAAUAAGCCAAAUCCCCAGCACCAUAAGCGCCGUUGCACCCGCCACUCCUCCAGCGCGUGCUAUCCCAGAUGAUAUUUCAUCAGCCGGCAUUGCUUUAGCCGGUAUUCCCUUGGUCAAUGCCCCUCCGUUGGGGCGAGAGCUAAGAUCUUGUCUCGCAACUUCUUCAGCUCCUGCUCUUCCAGGACGCAACGUGCGGUUUGAUGUCGAUGAUUCACCGGAGCAAAUAAGCGUAGGUUUCCCGGGCUCAAGAAUCCAGGGGCCGCUACCUACCGCUACUAGUUCUGGACGUCUACCAGAAACUAUGCGUGAAGAUAACACUCACAAUAACCGGCUGGGUUAUCCAGGCAUGACAAGACAGACCGUAUUUGAUGACAGUGAUGAUAGUGAGGACGAAGGAGACUAUCAGACUUCUUAUAGCAGAAGGGCUAGAGGCCACCUUCGACGUGUUGAUCGCGUCAUUGGACCCCGACGGAUCGAUUACAGAGAAAAUGUCUCUGAGGCAACAGCCUCCCUACAAAUGAGCAAUAUUCGACCUACUAGUGCCUUGACUUUAACAGAUCCUCGCUCAUCCCCCACUCUUCUAUCUAACCCCAACCCCUCUAUACCAUUGAGGCAGUCUUCACAGUCGCCAACGGAAGAACUAGCAGAUCGAUUCCAACUAUUCCGACAACAUUCCCCACCCACCUCUCACUCAAAUCGAUCUUCCCCUCGACAAGCUGAAGUACAAAGCCCCACGCCUAGGUCAUAUACUACUGGUACUUCUAGUGAAGAACCCCAGCCCAAUGUUUACACAACACCUUCUAGUUUCCCCACAGAUUACCAGUCACCUUGUAGAGGUUUAUCCCCAAUUCUUGAGUGUAGUAGCUCAUUUGAAUCUUCAGACACCCGCCUCAGUUUGCAUGCUUCGCCACGCAGAUUGGAUGAACCUCUAUUGACUACACAGGCUGGUCCCAGAGCACCUGGUUUAGUUCAUUCUAGUAUUAUACACAUGGAACAACAGGUAACCAUACUUGAAGCAUCUGAGAUGGCGGAAUCAUCGAGAGCACCAGUUCUACGAACUGGAGAGCCUAGCUAUGACGAAGAGCAGCUCUCCAUUGGUCAGGAGGAUACUGUCAUAAUUCACACUCCACCCGAUGGAUCUCUACAGCGAGAUGAUGCAAACGAGGGCGAAGCUGCCGCCCCCGAAAUUAUUGUGACCCCACGAAGCGUAUUUAAUGCGACCGAGGCGCUUCAACAACUAGCAGAAGAAAUGACUCCCUUCACCAAUGAGAAUAGUCAUCAAGGCGUACAUACAACCCGUCUCCGUCCUCGUCCGCAUGCAAUUCAGCAUUCCGCUCGAAGGGACCAGCAGGUAGAUAUCCUGCAAACCUUACAGCAAAAUGCCGACCAAGGCAUUCCUCCUAGUUUUCACAGAGAUAUCGAGCAUAUCUUCCAGCAGGGUGUCCGACAUGGAAUUCAGCAAGGCGUGCAAGCUGCCACGAGCCGCCGAUACGAGGAAGAGUCCGUGGAUUCAUAUGACGAUUCCAACGACGGUUCUAUAAUCAUCCGUCGUACGCGAGCCCACCUUCCUCAACCUCACCAAUCUAACGAUUUCAAUCCAGAGGCAGUGACUGCGGCCAGUACCCCUAACCGGGGUCUUACUCACGAGUCCCUGCGUGCCAUGAUUCGCGAUGAAAUGGCGAGUUUUCAGAACGACCUUGACAAUUACCGAGUUUCUCGUCCAGGCACACUUGCGGGCUUAUCUCGUGCUUUAGAAGGUGUAUCGUUGCGAAGCGAAGGAGGCUUACGACUGUUUAUCCGACAUCAAGUGGCUGCCCACGCGCCCCAGAUCUCGGCAUUCUAGAGCAAUGCCGAGGUUCUCGCGCGCAACACCGCCGCUCAAGACAGAGUUUUCGUCGCAGCACUCGAAGCCAUCGCCCAGAACGACCGCGUUGGCCAGUUCGGAGGUCUCAUGGGAGAAGACCCUUUCUACGAACAUAAUAACA